AUGACUGAGGAAGAAGAAAUAUUCGAAGAUGGAAUCAUAUUUGCCUCGGCAAAGAAGAAUCACAUUACAAUGUUGGAGGAGUUCUAUCAACAGAGAUUGAAGAAUAAGACAUUCAACGCAAAUAUAACGGAUGCAUUGGGAAACACUCCAUUACAUUACAGCGCAACAUUUAAGCAUUUGGAGUGUUGCAAGCGUCUGCUGGACUUGGGCGCCAGCGCAAACAUCCAGAAUCGUGCCGGUGAGACACCAUUGCACAAGGCCGUCUGGUACAACAACACCAACAUCGCCGAGCUCCUCAUUGAGAAGGGUGGCGACGUGUCCAUCUGCAACAACUCCAAGCAGAACGCUCUUGGUCUUGCCAAGUCUGCCGAGAUGAGAUCACUCAUCCAGCAGGCACAGCUUGCACUCAAGUUCAACCCAGAGGACUUUGCCGACGACGAUGAUGAUGAUGAGCAGGACCCUGGCACAGCAAAGAAGUCAGUCACAUCACACUCACAGUUCCACGCAGACAUGGUUGCUGAUGACAGUGAUGACGAUUAG